AUGACCAGCGAUAUCAUUGCAUGUACUGGACAGAUUGCCGAAGGCUCUGUAGAUACUGUGGCUUUAAUAGCGCCCAAAAUAAGACGUUCGUCGAACAGUGACCGUUUAUUAGAGUGUUUGAAAAGGUACACGAUGAUCGAUAGCAUUUUAUGUCUGCGUGAAACAAUUAAAAGCUCUUCAAAGCGACAAAAGAGUAUUAUAAAUGGAAGCAGUGCAGAGAGUGUUUUUCCAAAUACCAUUUCUAGUUGUGUUCUAUACAAUUCAGCUGAUAAUUUUAAAGAUUGCUUCUCCACAUAUAGUAGACCAAAUAUCACUUGUCCAAAGGUUUGUUUGAUCUAUAUCAAUAGUUAUACCAACUGCUCUAGAUUUGAUUCCAGGUUGGCUAAACCUGAUAAUCCUUGGUCUUCACGUCUUCGUACCGAAGAAUCUGUAAAGACAACUGAUGUUAUACAUUUCUUACGUUUUAUACUUCAAUUUAAGAGAGAGAGAAGGGUAUUGAUGACAGAAGACGUGCACUCCAGGAAUCGAUGA